CGGACCGGGAUGGGCACCGGGAGAGGGGCUGGGACGGACCGGGAUGGGCACCGGGAGAGGGGCUGGGAUGGACCGGGAUGGGCACCAGAAAAGACUGGGAUAGGCCGUGGCUGAGGCUGGAUAGGCAGUGGGGAUGCACCGGUGUGGAGGCGUGGAUGGACACCGGUAGCGGGGCAGGACGAGUCACCGGGGUACGUCGGGAUAGAGGCGAUAGGCACUGGGAACACCGAGGAGAUGGGAAUUGCCUCCAUAGAAGAAGCCUUGUAUUCUGCUGAAGGGCGUGGGUAUGAACAGGAUCCGGAUUCACGUGUUGCCGACCAGCCGAGGCCGCCUGACCCCGGUGCCACGGCCACAGGAGCCCUUGGGCUGUGCCUUCGCCCCCCGGCCCUGCUCCCAGCCCCGCCUGGAAGGGCAGGAAUUCUGCAUCAAGCACAUCCUCGAGGACAGGAAUGCUCCCUUCAAACAGUGCAGCUACGUGUCCACAAAGAACGGGAAGCGUUGUCCCAACGCCGCUCCCAAGCCCGAGAAGAAGGAUGGCACGUCGUUCUGCGCGGAACACGCCCGACGGAACGCGCUGGCGCUCCAGGCUCAGCUGAAGAAAUCCAACCCCGGGCCCGUGGGUGAGACCCUCCUGUGCCAGCUGAGCUCCUACGCCCGCGCUGAGCUGGGCUCGCAGAGCACGGAGAGCAGCCGGAGCGAGGCCAGCCGCAUCCUGGACGAGGACAGCUGGAGUGACUGCGAGCAGGACCCUGUCACCGUGGAGCAGACAUGGCGUGGGGACCCUGACAGUGAAGCCGACAGCAUCGACAGCGACCAGGAGGAUCCCCUCAAGCACGCUGGUGUGUACACGGCUGAGGAGGUGGCUCUGAUCAUGCGGGAGAAGCUGAUCCGGCUCCAGUCCCUCUACAUCGACCAGUUCAAGCGGCUCCAGCACCUGCUGAAGGAGAAGAAGCGCCGGUUCCUGCACAGCAGGAAGGGAGAGCAUGAGGCCAUCGGCAGCAGCCUCCUGACAGGGCCAGAGGGGCUGAUGGCCAAGGAGAGGGAGAAUCUGAAGCGGCUCAAGUGCCUGCGGCGUUACCGGCAGCGCUACGGGGUGGAGGCUCUGCUGCACCGGCAGCUCCGCGAGAGAAGGGUCCUGGCCACCGAUGGUGCGGCCCAGCAGGCACACACCACCCGCUCCAGCCAGCGCUGCUUGGCCUUUGUUGAUGAUGUCCGAUGCUCCAACCCGUCCCUCCCGAUGACCCGGCACUGCCUCACGCAUAUCUGCCAGGAUACAAACCAGACACUGUUCAAGCCGUGCCAGGGCUCGGAGGAAGUUCCCUGCAACAAGCCCGUGCCCGUGAGCCUGUCAGAGGAGCCGUGCUGCCCCCUGCACCUCCGCCUGCCCCCCCAGAUGUACGUCCCAGAGCAGGUCCUGGCUGUCCCCCAGGAGCUGGGAGCUGCUCCCACGGAUCUGUACCUGAGCGCAGCCGAGCUCCAGCCCACAGAGAGUUUGCCCCUGGAAUUCAGCGAUGACCUGGACGUGGUGGGUGAUGGCAUGCAGUGCCCCCCAUCCCCUCUGCUCUUUGACCCUUCUGUGACCCUCGAUCCGUCCCUGCGGGACAUGGCCGAGGCUCCCAUCGACAUCCUGGCGCUGGAGGAGCCGGACAGGGGCAGCUCCUCUGCCCCGCUGGUCCCUGCGGCCGAGGGGCCCGCACAGCAGAGUCACCUCCCGUUCCAGCCGGGGCCCCGGGAUGAGCAGCAGCCGGAGGGAACGGCCGCCAACGGGAGCCUGGAGCCGGGGGCCGUGAGCUGAGCCCGGCAGCACCGGGGUCUCCUCACCCGGGGAACCUUCAGCGUGCGGGGUCUGCGGGGACCGAGCUGCUGGAGACCCCUCCAGCGCCAGCAUGAGCUGCAGCUCCGGCUCCUGCACGGAUCCCUGGAGCCCCAGAGAGCCCUGGAGCCCCGGGCUGGGGGCUGCAGACCCUCCCGUCCUCUGUGGGGAUGGAGCAGCCA